AUGGAUCUGCCUUACAGAUGUGAAUACUCCAAGAGCGGUCGUGCAUCAUGUAAACUAUGCAAAUCACCAAUUAGUCAAGGAGUUUUACGAUUAGCUGUUCUGGUUCAAUCCAGUCGUUUCGAUGGAAAAAUGACCUUAUGGUAUCACUUUCCUUGUUUCUUCAAAAAAAUACAUGUCAAGACCACCGACGAUAUAGAGAAUUUCGAGUCUUUACGCAUCGAGGACCAGGACAAAAUAAAGGCUCAAGUAGGAGGAACAUCGAUCAUAGUACCAGAGAAGAAGGGCAAGAAAAGACCUGCAGAUAAAAUUGAACAGCAAUCAAAGAAACUGGCUUUAAAGGAUUACAGUAUUGAAAAUGCAAAGAGUGGAAGGGCAAUUUGUAAAGGUUGUGAGCAAAAAAUUUUGAAAGAUGAGAUACGUGUCUCUAAAAAAGAAUAUGAAUCUGACAUUGCCAGAAGAAUUGGUGGGGCAGAUCAAUGGCACCAUUUGACAUGUUUUGCCCAACUCAGAUCAGAACUUGGCUAUUUUGAAGAUGCCAAUAAGAUUCCUGGCUUUAAAAAAUUGAGUAAACCUGAUCAGGAGGCGGCCCGGAAAGCUAUUCCUCCUAUUAAGCAAGAAGAUGUACCCGACGUAAAAAAAGCUAAAAAAGAAGAACCGGAUCCACUUGAAAAAGAGUAUAGGGAACAUAAUAAAAUUAUGUUUGAUUAUCGAGAUAAAGUGAAAGAUCUGAAAAAAUCAGAACUGAUUGAGUUAUUGGAGUAUAAUAGUCAAAAAAUUCCAGAAGGUGUUGAAAGGAUAUUGGAUGCCCUUUGUGAUAAUAUGACAUACGGAGCUUUAAAAAAAUGUACAGAAUGUAAAGGUGGUCAAUUCACUUUUACUAAAACUGGAUAUAUAUGUACAGGAAAUGUGAAUGAAUGGGUUAAAUGUCAGUUUACUACUAAGGAUCCAGAAAGGACAAAAUUCAUGAUUCCAAAACAUUAUAAGGAUCAGUAUCCUUUCCUCAAGAAAUACAAAUAUACUCCUAGAAAACGAAUAAUAAAGGAUGUGAAUCCAUCAGUCACUAUUAAGAAAGAUGUAAAAGAUGAACAAGAGCCUAAAAUAAAACGCGCUGCUCCAGCUUUGUAUGAUAUGGAAUUUGUGAUUUUGGGCCAACCAGCUAGGGGAAAAGAUGUCUUGAAGAAAGAAAUACAAGCUUUAGGAGGUAAAGUUGUGACAAAAAUAGGACCCACAGUUAUGGCAGUGAUUGCUAAUAAAGAAAUGGUUGAGAAAAUGGGUGCUAGAAUUCAAGAGGCUGAAUCUGAACAAAUUCAAGUUGUCGCUGAGGACUUUGUAGAUGAAGCUAAAGACAAUUCUGGAAAAAUUCCCGAUUUGAUAAUAAAGAAGAGUAUUUGUAGCUGGGGGUCUGAUCCUACAACUCGUCUGCCGCCUGAGCCAUCUUCGGUUGCAAAAUCUGGUCAAAAAUCGCGCAGUAUGUAUACUAAAUCCGUUCCAAGCAAAAUUAAGUUGAAACUGAAAGGGGGAUCAGCUGUGGAUCCUGACAGCGGAAUUGAAAAUAUAGCUCACGUAUACGAGGAUCCAAAUAAAGAUAAAUAUUCAGUUGUUUUGGGUAUAACGGAUGUUCAGAGCGACAAGAAUAGUUACUAUAAACUUCAAUUGUUGCAGUCGGAUAGUGGCAGCAGAUAUUGGGUCUUUAGGAGUUGGGGAAGGAUAGGAACUACUAUUGGAGGAAACAUAUGUGACGAACAGUCGUCCCUUUAUCAAGCAAAGAAAAUAUUUGAAGAUGUGUAUCUGGAUAAAUCUGGAAAUGAAUGGAUCAACCAUCGUCAUUUUGUUAAAGUACCAGGAAAAAUGUGUCCAAUCGAUAUUGAUUACGGUGGUGAUGAUGCGCAGAAUUUAAAUAUAGUUGAAUGCAAUUCUAAUUUAGCUUUGCCUGUGCAGAAUCUGAUGAAACUAAUUUUUGAUGUCAAGCAAAUGAACAAACUAAUGUUGGAAUUUGAGCUGGAUACAGAAAAAAUGCCCCUGGGCAAAUUGAGUAAGAAGCAAAUACAAAGCGCGUAUAGUGUACUUUCUGAACUUCAGAAUAUGGUAGAGAAAGAGGUGUCGGAACACAAAUUGAUUGAAGCCACAAAUCGAUUUUACACAUUGAUCCCGCACAGCUUUGGAGUGGACAAAGUACCUAUCUUAAGAGACAAGGAGAUUAUCAAGCAAAAACUUGAUGUGCUGGAUAACUUAAUGGAAAUGGAGAUUGCGUACAGCCUUAUGAAGUCGUCUGGAGGCGAACACACGGUCGAUUCAUAUUACAAACAGCUCAAAACGGAAAUCGAUAUACUUCAUAGAGAAUCUGAAGAGUUCCAUAUUAUUCAUGAAUAUGUGAAGAACACUCACGCUGCUACCCACGGUUCUUACGAACUAGAUGUUGAAGACGUAUUUAUAGUAAGAAGAGAAGGCGAAGGUAAAAGAUACAAACCCUUCAAAAAACUACAUAAUCGUAAAUUGUUAUGGCACGGCUCCAGAACAACUAAUUUUGCUGGUAUUUUGUCACAGGGGCUCAGAAUUGCACCAAAAGAGGCGCCAGUAACAGGUUAUAUGUUCGGCAAAGGUGUCUAUUUUGCCGAUAUGGUCUCCAAGUCGGCCAAUUAUUGUUGUACUAAUCCCACUAAUUCUACUGGUUUGCUUUUGCUUUGUGAAGUUGCUUUGGGAAAUAUGUAUGAAAGAGAACGAGCGGAUUACAUCGAGAAAUUACCAAAAGGUAAACACAGCUGUAAAGGUAUUGGUCGAACUCAUCCGGAUCCUACAAUAGUAAAAAAAAUCGAGGACGUAGACGUGCCUUUAGGAAAAGGCGUUCCAAAUACCGCCGUUAAAAAUACAUCGCUCUUAUAUAACGAGUAUAUCGUUUAUGAUGUCGCUCAGGUACAUAUAAAGUACCUCUUGAAGGUAAACUUCAAAUACAAAUAUUAAAUAUUUGGUAGGCAUUCUUUUUCACAUUAUUUUUAAGUUUUUUACUCCAGUAUAUUUAAUUGCUUAUUUAUAGUACAAUUUAUGUUGUUUUUUAGUAUUUAAGUUGCACUUGAUAAUCACAAAUUAAAUUUUUGAUAUUUUUUACUUCAAUAUUUAAUGGAAUUUCAAUAUUAUUUCAUAUUACUUUUGUUAUUUUUUUAUAUUAAGUCUAUAGGCUUUCUUUACUCUUUCAUAUAUACAAGCAUAAUGGAAAACGUUUUCUAGAUUAAAAGAAUCUAAUAAGAUUUACGUAUCUUUAACAUAUUAGUCCAAGAAAGUAGGCCUUCAAAUACGAAGUUUUGGUAAAAACUUGAAUUUUUGAUAUAAAUUACUUUGAAAGAUCUAAAAACGAAUUGUGAAAGUUUUUUUAAAUAAAAAUAAAUAAAAUUAUUCGAAUUAAAGUUAAAUUAAAGUUGCAGAGCGUUCAAUUUUACAUAAAAAUGGUCUCCUUAUACUUUUUUUGCUGAAAUCAAAAUUAACUGAUAUUUGGAAAAAAUCAUUUUAUUUAUUUAUUUCACCCCUUCUCACGGGUGAAUUUAAUUUUUUGUUCACAAUUCGUUUUUAGAUCUUUAAAAUAACUUAUAUCAAAAAUUCAAGUUUUUACAAAAACUUCGUAUUUAAAGGCCUAUUCUUGGACUAAUAUAUUUUGCCGUAACAAUAUUCUAUUCCACACAAAAGUGUGUUAUGCUUAAAUAUAUAAAAAAUUGUAGUUUUUAAGAGGUUUAACAAUUCAAUCUCAUAAAAUAUUCUCCCUAGAAGAUUUAUAUCUUUUAUAUGUCCAGCUUUAGGAUAUAUUUUGAUUAGUAUUAGUAUUACAAAAAAGUGUUUGCUUUUAAUUUGUUACCAUUAAAUAUAUAGGUAUUUCCAUGUAUUACAAAUAAUGUUACUAGUGUUGGUUCAUUUUGUUUUUCAAUAAAAGUCGUUAAACUGGUAAAUCGUUUAUUUCAACAUCUUCAAAUUAAACAAGAGCCUGUAAAAAUGUAAAUAAAAAAUCUAGUAGGGUACGGCCACGUUUGAGAGCGAUAAACCGCUCAAUAAGACCUAACGCCAAAAAAAAUCAAACUUAUUUUCAGUGUAGUAACCAUAAAGGCGGACUCUCACGACUCGUCUACUUGGCAAGUACGCCAAUAUUUGCGUACUUGGCAAGUAUCCCCACCACGAUCCCCACUUUGUAAACAACAAACAAAGAAAAACAAGUCGAUGCGUUUGUGUUGAGAGACAUGUUGCAAACUGAAACUUGAAACGCUCCAUGAUCGAUGACACGACGCUUAUCGCCCGCUGCAUUGUGACCGAUUUAUCGCUCUCAAGCCUAACCGUACUCUAACAGCGCUUUCAGAUGGCGCGGACCGUACGCGCGGAUGUUUUUUCAAUAUAGCUCAUCCGGACGGAGCAUACGCGACCCAUUUGAAAUCGUUCAUAUAAAUUCGUGGUACUUGCUCGAAGUCGCGGACGCAUAUGUAUGCUUCGCGACUCUGAACCAGUAUGCUCCGUCCGGAUGAGCUAAACUAGCGUGCAUAAAAAUCGUCCCACUGUAAACUUUUGACUUUAACGGUGUCUUUUAGAAUCUAUUUAUCAGACCAAGAAAAAAAUAUGAGCUGUUUCAAAGACUAUUUAACAUGCUUUAAUAUGAGUAUAAAUUUAUCCAAAGUACUUAUCGUUUAUAUGCGUAGCAACGGGUAAACAAAUGAAAGGCAUUUGUGUUGUGGUGACAAUAAGAAUAAAAAACAUAUCAAAUAUUGCAAUUACUACUUUACUGUUACUUUGUAAUCGAAAUUUGCACAUUGUUCUUUCAUUGUUUGAUUUGUUGUGUUUCAUUGUUUGAUUAGUGUUUCAAUUUAAUGGAAUCAACACGGAAAAAAACUGCCAAAGUAAUCGCUUUAAUUGAAAAUGGACUUAAACAGAGAACUGUAGCUCGGCAACUGCAUAUGACACGCGGAGCGGUUCGAAGAGUGUGAACGAUAUGAGGAGACUCGAUCCUUUCGUAGGCGACCUGGAACUAGUGGAAAGAGAUAUACAACGGAUCGUGAUGACCGCUUUAUUGUGUCAACAAUAUUAAGAAAUCGGCAUCUUAAUGCUAUUCAGGUGCAACAACAGCUCCGUGAAACACGGGGAGUGACUGUUAGUCAGAGGACAGUAAUACGAAUAUUGAAGGAAAGUAAUAUGACCCCCAAAACACCCGCAACUGGUCCAAAAUUUACCCCAGCUCAUCGUCAAACACGCCUGCCUUUUGCACGGAACCUUUGAAUUGGCUACUAGAAUAAUGAGAAUGUGUUUUAUUCUCAGAUGAGACCAGGAUAUGCCUCUAUGGUAGCGACC